CGCGGCAGCCGUCGCGCCGGGAGCGGGAGGAUAAAAGGGACUGCCAGAAUGACAACUGCCUCGCUUUGUAACAUGAUACUGCUGCUGGCAUUUGGAUUGGCUUCAGCUUUUAGCCACAGCCCUAGGGCCCCUGACAGAGUUUCUGAAGUAGAUGUUCAGAGGCUUCUCCAUGGGGUUAUGGAGCAAUUGGGCAUUGCCAGACCCAGGGUAGAAUAUCCAGCACACCAGGCUAUGAAUCUGGUUGGUCCACAGAGCAUUGAAGGUGGUGCGCAUGAAGGUCUCCAGCACUUGGGUCCUUAUGGCAAUAUCCCAAACAUUGUCGCUGAGCUGACAGGAGAUAACGUACCAAAGGAUUUCAGUGAAGAUCAAGGAUAUCCUGACCCUCCAAAUCCCUGCCCUAUUGGAAAAACAGUUGAUGAUGGGUGUCUAGAAAACACUCCAGACACGGCAGAGUUCAGCAGGGAAUACCAGCUGCACCAACACCUUUUUGAUCCAGAGCAUGACUAUCCCAGCAUGGGCAAGUGGAGCAAGAAUUUACUCUUUGAGAAGAUUAAUGGUGGUCCAAAAAGAAGAAAGAGGAGCGUGAACCCGUAUCUGCAAGGACAGCGACUGGAUAAUGUUGUAGCAAAGAAGUCUGUUCCACAUUUUUCAGACGAAGACAAAGGUUCUGAAUAAGUACAAUAAAAAUGAAUGAUGAAAACCCAUGCCAUCCUCUGCUAGAUCGUAAUAUUGCUUAUAUAUAAUCAUCUAUUAAAAUCCUUGUGAAUGGCAGCAUGUUUAUUAUUUAUAUAAUUGUAGAUGAAAAACAGCUGUAUUUAUAACAGUAUGUUCUCCUAGAUAACAAAAAUAUGGUUCUGCUUUUUGUUAAGCUAUGGUAAAAGGACAUUUCUGUUGUUUUUAUUUUAGUCAUGGAGCAAACGUUAAAAAUGUUAGUCAUUUUAAUAGCUAACGUGAGGUAAAUGACCUUAAUGAGCAGCUUGUUAAAUAGGAAGAUUUUAAAAA